AUGUCAAUGUGGGCUGCUGCAAAGGUCUAUUGUACACCCCGCGAAAUUGAAGCUGGCGAAAAGCAGUUCUCAGGAUACUGCGAGGAGUAUGGCAACGUCCAACUCAUUCCUUAUGCCGAAGUGCUCCCAAACCUCACCAACGAAUACAUCAAAUCUCUUCCGGUUGCCCAGUAUAGCGAUAUUGAAGACCUCACUGUCUUCAAUACGUCGGUCAUGAUUUCCAGGUCUUUAUACAAGGCUGGUAGAGACACCUAUGUUGUCUUCGAUCUAGAAUACGUCCUCCAUCAAAGAUACGGUUGGGCCAUGUACGGGUUUUGGGGUGGGCUGCUGUUAAUAGGCGUUCUCAACCGUCUCGCUACACAUUUCUCUGGAUCUCGUCGUCUGAAAGCUGUGGACGACAUCGAGGGAAGAAAGACAUCCUCCGGCCAGAAAGGCCCUCGAUCGGGAGUUGUCGCCUGUGUCAGCUCGGUUCAUCAUUGGCUCCGAUCAAAUGUCAUCGUACCUGCAACAUUUGGCUCCCAUCACAACCGCCCUCUGUUCUGGACUACCAUACCGACACGCAUGGAAACGAUUAUCGUUGUCUCCUUCUGGGUCAUGACCUUCAUCCUGUGUUGCGUUGGCUAUCAGAUUUUCUGGCCCAACCUUUACUACACCGAACCUCAACAGGCCUGGCGGUAUAUUUCAGACCGCACUGGCAUCCUUUGCUAUGCAAUGCUGCCCUGGCUGUGGAUGUUCUCUGGAAGGAACAACAUCUUCUUAUGGCUCACUGGCUGGAGCUUUGCGACUUUCAACAUCUUCCACAGACACAUUGCUCGAUGUGCGACGGUGCUGGCGAUUGUCCAUUCGGUGGGAUGGUCGGUUUUAGAAGGCACCUUUGGCUACUUCGCCGAGUCGUGGACGGAGCAGUAUUGGUACAUGGGAGGACUGGCGACGAUUGCAAUGAGCUUGAUCGUGCUGUUCUCUUUCAUGUGGUUCCGCGUCAGGUCGUAUGAGCUCUUCCUCCUUAUCCACAUUGCACUCUCCGUGGUGACCAUCGUUGGUUUGUUUUACCACACUGCCAUCUUCGACGGAGAGUACAACGGCUAUCUAUGGCCACUGGUGGCUAUUUGGUGCUUUGAUCGAGCAGCUCGCCUUGCUCGGUGGGCAUACUGCAACCUUCACAUCAGAUUGUCCCACGCUGUUGUCAAUUCCACGGCCUCCGCAACUUACGACAAAGACGGCGACUUCAUCAGACUUGACAUCGUUCCUGGAUCUCGGAUGCUUAAAGCAGGACCUGGCCAGCAUUACUACUUGUACCAGCCAAUGAAAUGGAAGGGCUGGGAGAACCACCCCUUCACUUUGGGAGCUUACGAGACUGUCAAGGAAUCGGACCCGGCAAGCGUUGUCACGACUGCCGAAGCUGGAGCCGAGCACAGGACCGACAUCGAGGCACUCGCGGGCAAGGAUGUCGAGGCGGUUGCCGCCCCAAGCUCAUCCUCGCCGACUUCCCUAGACGUCACGCCAGACCCAUCGCAGCAUAAAGUUGACUUCUUCCAGGACAAGGUCGGUCGGCAGAAACUCACCUUCCUCAUCCGGCCCUUUGGUAGCUGGACCAAGCGUCUCCGAGACGAAUGUCUCAAGUCACCCACCGGAGUCAUCACGCCCCACCUUUUCAUUGAAGGACCCUAUGGUGAGCACAGCCCUCUGCACACAUACGAGAAUGUCGUCUUUGUUGUCGGUGGGACCGGAAUCUCUGGCGCGACGCCUUACCUGCAAGACCAUGUCCGAAGAACAAGUAGCCAAGCACAAGCAUCACGCCCGGAUGGAAAAGUGGCUACGCGCACGAGAGACAUCACCUUGAUAUGGUCAACUAAGCAGUCCGCGAUGAUCCGCAGCGUCGUGGCACACGAGCUGAAGCCCAUACUCGGGCGUGAGGACAUCCACAUCCACCUGCACGCCACAUCGUCCCGAGAGCCGCAGAGUAGCAGCAGUCUGGAUUCCCACGAAGUCGACCUCGCCCACGCCGCUGCAGCGCGGGACAAGGAAGUCGAUCUCAAGAGCACCCCCGCCACGAGCCUUAGUGACGGACUGACCAUCUCGUACGGCCGGCCUGACAUUUCCGCCACGAUCCUGACCAUCAUCAACGACGUGAACAGCGCCGGCCCCGCCGGCGGCCGCAUUGCCAUCUUGACCUGUGGCCCGGGCGGCAUGGCCGACGAGGCCAGGGCAGCGGUCCACACAGCCUUGAAGCAGGGUAAGCGAGGUGUUGAAUACUUUGAAGAGGCUUUUGGGUGGUGA